AUGGUAGUUUGGCCACGUCUCACAAGCAUACAGAAGGAUACUGAUAAUGGCAGCUCGAUAGACAGCCAAUUUGGUGGAUGGUCGAAGAUUCUGGUUGCUGAAUACUUGGUGCGCAAGGCUGCCAUAGCCAAUGUGUGCCUGAAGAAGUCGAUGUUGGAUUUCUUUAUCUAUAGUGCCGUUGGAAGACAGAAUGCUGCUGAGUGUGGCCUGGAUGAGGGCGGGGACGAGGAGGCUUCAGAAGAUCAAAGAGCAGAUUUGCGGAUUGUCCUUGUUGGGAAAACUGGCGUGGGGAAAAGUGCGACAGGAAACACCAUCUUCAAUAAAGAGGUUUUCCACAAAGAGGCCAGUUCCCGGUCAGUGACAAAGACCUGCAAGAUGGCCACCACCACAUUUCAUGGCUGUAACCUGGCGGUGGUGGACACUCCAGGAUGGUGUGACACAGAUCUCUCAGAGGCCGAACUCAUCCAGGAAAUAAUCGAGUGCAUCAACAUGACCUAUCCUGGACCUCAUGUGUUCCUGCUGGUGAUGCCAAUCGGUCGCUUCACUGAGGAGGAAUCCAGAGCUGUCCAAAUGAUUCAGGAGGUGUUUGGAGAAGGAGCCACCAAAUACAUGAUGAUCCUGUUUACGAGAGGAGAAGAUCUGGAGGACAAAAGCAUUGAUGACUACCUGGCCAAUGCCAAGACUGAGCUCAAGAACCUGGUGGAGAAGUGUGGGAGAAGAUACCACGUGCUCAGCAACAGGGAUCAGAACAACUGCAACCAAGUGCGCAUGCUUCUGACAAAGAUACAGGACAUGGUACGAGAGAACGGCGGAAACUGCUACACCAACACCACAUACCAGCUGCUGGACAUGUACAAGAGAAAAGAAGCUGAGAUCCAGAAGCAAAUCAGGAGUGUGAAGAGAGAGAUGCAAAUGAAAGAGGCCAAGUUUCAGUGGAAGAUGGCUCUCAUGCAGCACGAGCAACAGCAGCAGAAGAUGCGAGAGGCCGAGCUGAAGGGCCAGCUGCUGGAGAGCAAGAUCAAAUGGGCUCGCGAGGAGGCUGCACUCAUCACCGCUUUGGAAAACCUAAAAAUGGAGCUGGUGCAGGAAGAAAAUAGGAGGAGAGCUGCAGAAGAAGCACAGCAGAUGUCAGAAAGCACCCAAGUGAAAAUGUUAGCAGAGGAACAGCAGAAACACGAGUUGGAAUAUGCAGAGCACCAGGAGAAGAUGCAGGAGAAGAGGGAGAAGCUGGAGCAGGAGAGACGCGACACGCUGAGAGAGUUCAUGGAGACAAUGAACAAGCUGCAUGAGCAGGAACAGCAGACCAAAGAGGAGAAAGAAGAAUGGCUCAGGAAGGACAUCAAGAGAACAUCCUGGUGCAGCAUCACUUAA